CACAACAGGAAUUGAAAAUAACAAUGCAACGUUAUACGUUUUUCGUACUAGACAAACUAAACAUUACAUGCUGCAUUAUAUUGUUAUAUUAUUUUUUUUACCGACACGACAUUUAAAACAGUAUAUCUCAAUGUAUGAAAGAGAACGUUUGCAUUUCAAUUCGCGCCUCCUCCAUCGUGACUCAUUUACAAAGUCAGCUGACCAUGUCCUUAUGAGCCGACUCCGACUAUAGUGAUGGACCGACAGCCUUGAACUUUAUAGCGCAGUCGUUCUUCCUGCGGUGAGGAAGCCGGCGCUGGAGAGGACAGUAUGCUGAGGUUGAUGAAAGGGAAUACGCAUUUUUAGCCGACUGAGGGUUGACUGUAUCGCGUUAAUCAUGCCGGACUCCUCAGAAGCCCCUUUAUCUGCUUUCAGGCGGUUGAGUUACUCAGUGGGGCAUUUUCUCAACGACCUGUGCGCCUCUAUGUGGUUCACGUACCUGCUGGUGUUUUAUCACUCAGUACUGGGCUUUCAGAACACGUAUGCUGGUGUCUUGCUGCUGGUGGGACAGAUAGCUGAUGGAGUGUGUACACCGCUCAUCGGUUAUGAGUCUGAUAAGACACCUGGCUGUGGAUCAUAUGGGAAGAGAAAAACAUGGCAUUUAGUCGGAACUAUUAGCGUCCUCCUGUCGUUCCCCUUUGUAUUUAACCAGUGCCUGAGCUGUGGUCUGGAGACUCCACAGUGGGUCAGUCUCACUUAUUUCACCCCCUUCAUCAUCAUCUUCCAGUUUGGAUGGGCGGCCACCCAGAUUUCCCAUCUGUCCCUCAUUCCCGAGCUUGUGACUUGCGAGCAUGAAAAAGUGGAGCUCACUGCGUACAGGUAUGCCUUUACGGUGAUAGCCAACAUCACUGUGUAUGCAGUGGCCUGGCUGAUGUUUCAUUUUCAGACUCAGGAUGGAGAUGAUCCUGCCCUUACAGAAAACCUUGGCCCGGUUGACAUUCCUGUUUUCAGAAAUCUGAGUCUCACAGUGGUGGGCAUUGGAGUUCUGUUCUCGCUGCUCUUCCACCUGGGCACACGGGAGAAGGGACGUCCCCUUCAGGAGGAGGAGGGCUCUAGUCCUGGGGAGCGCCAGCGUCUUAUUAACAAUACCGUCACUGUGGCUCCACCAACCAGUCCAUUGCAGUGGAAGCACUGGCUGAGACAGCCAUCAUUCUACCAGGUGGCUAUGCUUUACAUGUCCACCAGACUGAUAGUGAACUUGUCGCAAACAUACAUAUCCAUGUAUCUCACCUACACACUACUGUUACCGAAGAAGUACAUAGCCACCAUUCCUCUCGUCAUGUUCCUGAGUGGCUUCGCUUCCUCAUUUAUCAUGAAGCCUCUAAGCAAGCUAAUAGGCAAAUGUUUGACUUAUUUUUUGGGACUGUUGCUGAUUCUGGCGUUCUCCUUUUGGGUGCUGAUGGACACACACAUGGGAGAAAAGGUGUACGGGGCAGCCGUCUUGCUAGGGAUAGGGUCUGCUACCAUCCUGGUGAUGUCACUUGCCAUGACAGCUGAACUCAUAGGAGACCAAACACAAAGUGGGGCUUUUGUUUAUGGAGCUAUGAGUUUCACAGACAAGGUGGCUAAUGGUCUGGGAGUUAUGAUUAUUCAGAUGCUACACCCCUGCCGCACAAUGAUAUGCUGUCCGGGCUGCGUGUGGUAUUACCACUAUGUCAUGGUCAUCGUCACUGGUGGAGUGGCCGUUUUUGCUGCGCUGAGUCUCUGCACAAUCCUUAUCUGGCCUAUAAAGAUUGUGCACUUAUCUAUACCAGAUCAUAUGAAUGGUUCAAUAAACAGCAAAGACUAUAAGGGUGAGGGACACAGAUCUGCCUGAGGUGACUGGCCUUAUGGGAAGCGAUGGAGAGGACUCAGAGAGCUCCGAGCAGCUGUCAGUCAACUGAACGCAGCAGCCGCAGAGAUUCUUCAGCUCUGAUGCAGAGAGCUUUAGGUUAACACUUACAUCACAAUGGUGAAGGUUAGAAUUCAAAUGAGGUUUUGGUUCAGAAUUAUCUUUCAAACAAGCCAGUAUUUUACAAUGAACUCUACAGGCCGGCCACAUCUUGACACAUGUCAGAAUUUCACUGAAAAGAUGUGGUGAGUUUUUUUUUUUUUUUUAGAUGUGAUUAGUUGAUAUCAUUCAUGUGUUCUGUUGUGGCUUCUCAUUUCAGAGUAUAGGCGAGACACUUUAUUAAGGGACUAUUUUUCUUAUGCACAUUUUUACCAUGUUUAUCAUUUAAAAGUUCAGUUUAAAUUUUAAUAAAAGUUUUUAUUUAUGAUUAUAAAUGUACUUCAGGUAUUUAAAUCAAAUCCAUUAGGGCAUUUAUGUAAAAACUCUACAAAACUUUUUGUUUUAUUUCAUAUUUUUAUAUUAUGCUUUCAUAUGUACGACAAUUAUGUCUGACAUGUUUUCUGUUCAUAUAAUUUACUGAACAGAAUAAAUGUUCUUUAUGAACAGACAUUUCUGUAUCUGAAGUUGAUACAUUGUAACCUGUCUUUGUAACUAGUUACUGAUUAGCAGGAAUGCAGUGACUGUGAGUAGUUUUAACAUCUGGUCAGCUGAUCUUGCGUGAUGCUCGAGACUUUAACAUAAAUCAUAAAGACUGACAAAUGUAGCUGGAAUGAAUUAAAUUGUCAAUAUUGUAGUGGGAUCAAUUAACAAAAUCAGUAUGUUUGUAAAAGAUAAUUGUAUUUUAUUAUGUUGUCUUGUUCAAAACAAAUUUUAAAUAAAAGAGGUUUUUUUUUUAA